AUGUCGGGCUUUACCGAAACCAAGCGGGAUGCUACCGGCGAUGGCGUCUUGGAGAAGAGCCUGAGCCAUCAAGCUGAGAUCUUUGAAGACAAGGAGCUUAUGACAGAUGCUCAAGCAGCUGAGAACCGCGAGCAUGACAUGGGCAUGUGGGAAGCAAUCAAGGACCAUCCUAUGGCCUGCUUCUGGGCUUUCAUCUUCUGCUUUACUAUCGUCAUGGAGUCUUUCGAUAUGUUUUUGAAUGGUAACUUUGUUGCUCUUGGCGCAUUCAAGGAGCGAUACGGCGUCCAAGUCGCUGGCGAAGUCGGCAAAACCAUUCCUACCAAGUGGCAGAGUUCGCUGUUCCAAGCCGGCCAAUGCGGUGCCUUUGUCGGAGUGUUCCUCGCUGGUCCCAUUACCAACCGCCUUGGUUAUAGGUGGACGACCCUCUUAGCGCUCAUGCUCAUGAACGCAACCAUCUUCAUCUCUUUCUUCGCAGAUUCGCUCGCGGUUCUUGUCAUCGGACAAGCUUUCGAGGGCAUUCCAUGGGGCAUGUUCAUUGCCAACUCGCCUGCUUACGCCAGUGAGAUCGUUCCCCUCGUUCUCCGUGGCGCUUGCACGGCCACUCUCCAGAUGUCUUGGUCCAUUGGUAGCAUUAUCGUCGCCGCCGCCACCUACAGCUACAACAAGCGCAACGACGAGUGGGCAUGGCGAGGCCCUCUGGCGCUACAGUGGGUUUUCCCCACUCCUCUCAUGGUUCUCGUCUUCUUCGCCCCUGAGUCACCCUGGUGGCUUGUACGCAGAGGGCGCAGAGACCAGGCGCUAAAAUCUAUCAAGCGUCUCGGCCGCAGGAACGGAACUCAAGCUGCGGCCGAGGAUACACUUGCCAUGAUGGAGCGCACAGUACAGAUUGAAGCUCACAAAGGUGGUGAGCCUUCUCUCCUUGACUUACUCAAGGGAACCGAUCUUCGCCGAACAAUCAUUACCUGUUUGAUCUACGCAUCGCAGAACUUUGCUGGUAACCUGAUCGCCAACCAGGCAACCUUCUUUUUCGAGCAAGCGGGAAUGUCUUCCGAUUUCUCCUUCAAGCUCAAUCUGAUCAACUCGUGUCUGCAAUUAGUCGCCAACAUCUGCUCGUGGCCAUUGAGCAACUGGUUCGGCCGUCGCACGAUUUACCUUGGAGGUACCGCCGUCAACGUCUGUCUACUAUUCCUUUUGGGAAUUUGCGCCUCUAUUCCCCAGAACAAUGCGACCAACUACGCUCAGGCUUGUCUGGGUAUCGUCAUCUCAUUUGUCUUCGCAGGAACCAUGGGUCCUAUCUCAUACUCCAUUAUUGCGGAAACAUCUUCCAUCCGACUCCGUGCUCUGAGCACAGGUGUUGGUCGUGCUGCGUACUACGUCGCGGAAAUCCCCAUGAUCUACCUAGCCUCGCAAAUGCUCAACCCUACCGGCUGGAACAUGGCUGGUAAGUGCGGAUAUGUCUGGGGCGGUACAGCCUGCGUCUGCUUUGUCAGCGCAUACUUCGGUCUUCCUGAGCUCAAGGGACGCUCAUACCGUGAGCUAGACAUUCUGUUCAACCGCAAGAUCUCCGCUCGCAAGUUCAAGUCCACUGUCAUCGACGUCAGGGACAACGAGUAA